UUUCAUUGUUACUACUAAAUUCUAAACCAAUUAUAUAUAUGUAAUUGAAUUUAGUAAUAUAUUAAAAUCUUUAAAAUCUUUAAAGAUUUUAGAAUCAGAAAAUUAUCCUAAUUUGCGUAACAUAUUAACUGAUUUGUAGAAAUAAAUUAUAAAAUAGAAUUUCUCUUAAUUGCUUCCAAGAAUUGAUCGCAGAAUUAAAGAUACGUUGCAAGUAUGCGAAGUUUCCUUAUUUUAAUUUACAUAAAUGGCGAUUCGACAAAUCAGUGAUUCAUAAUGGAUAUAUUUGUAAGUACAACUUAAGUAUACGCUAAGAGACGCAACAGUCGUACGUAUACGGACCUUCGUUUGCCGAUCAUUCUUUCAAUUAAUCCGCUAGAACUUCAUUAUACUGGAAUUCAAAUUGACCAUUAACUAAUAAUGCACAUUAUAUCAAUAAAUUUUUAUGAAGAUUGGUGAGUAUGUGUUUGUACAAGUAGUAUCGCGCUUUUUCCUGUCUUUACUGCCAUUACUGUCACUCUGCAAGACUCCCAAUGCGUUUGUGGAACAUUUUCUGUUUAGAGAAAAGAACAAAAAUCCCUUAUCGAUUUUUCUUUAAUUUAGGAAUCAAGUUAGCGUACAUAGAAACAUUAAAUGUCUGCAAUACGUUAAUGAGAGAAUAGUUUACUUACAACGGGACGUUUGAAGUUAAUCGCGAAUGGAGUCUUAUAGCUUCAUUUUGUUACGAUCCAUUGGAUCAUGUAUGACCUUUAUCACGCAUCGGCAUAGCAUAUAUCACGUGCAGCGGCAGAUGCACGUUUAAAGUACUUUCCCGUUAUCAUCUGCUUCUGACGUUUACCUACUUAGACGUAAAAAUCUAAUGUCUCGCGGUGCUAUUAUUUACGAGUGUCUUAUCAGCGUAAACAGGAUAUUCUUCAACUAUUGAUUUCCGGAAGCUUUUAGGUUUUAUCUGGCUUUAAAGUUUUAUCAAAAUUUAUGGUAGACGUACUGAGAGUACUGAAAGUCUUACUUGUACAAUAUAUAAAAUAUAAAGCUGAAGUUACAGUUUUUACGUGCUAUACGUGUUACAAGCAAAUAAACGCAAGAAUACAAUUUCUUCUGUUUAAACAGGAACGUUUGAUAUAUCAUAGCAUAGCUUAAUAUAGCUUAAUACAUAGCACAGCUUAAUAUAUCUGGUUAAGUUUUCUUUCGUCUGUUAACACCUUUGGAAUGGGCACAUUUAUUUAUAGUUCUUUCGUGAAGAAAGAAGAGAUGCAGUAGAUUGCAUAUGCAUUUGUAGAAGAUAGUUCUUAUUUUUAAUAUAAGUCAGUUUAUUAUUUUAAAGAUUGUAAAAAAAUAGUAUAUGUAAAUCCAUACAAAAUGCGUCCAUUAUAUCAAUAGACUAAAAUGAGGUAUGCAUCACGCUCAUACCUUGGCGUUCUAAUAUUAAUCCACCUACGUGUGUAAGCGAUUUUCUUGGAAAAAUUUGUUUCUCUUUGAAUGGCGUUAUUUGAAAGCGGUUCCAAAGUCCACUAUUCGGCGGAGGAGUUGCUCCAUAUAGUGGCUUACACGUGAUGUAAUUACCCGGCAGGUCAGGACAUUAAUGAUCCGGUGUCUCCUCAUUUAACUCAAUGACGCCGAGCGUAUACGCGCUUAGAUGGUCGUUUGCCAAACGAUUACGUGAAAAUAGGAAAAACAGCCGUGGACUUUGGACGUGCAAUCGGCCAAGAAAAAUUCAAGCCGGUUUCAUCAGACAUAACAUAAACCAAUUUAAAAUUCUCAUGUCGAGCAUGUGCUAGAACGUCGUCAAUUGCGUACGUCAACGAGAAUUAUAGUUUAGUAAUAUAUCAGACAAGGACAAACGAUUUGUUAAAUCUUUGAAAAUUUAACAAAUUUUAAUUUAAAUCUAAUUUAAUGUUAAAAUUUUGAGAGAUCAAACUUGAGUUGGGUAAAUUUUAAAAAGUAAGAUAAUUCAAAGUUUUAAGAUCCAACCGGAUGCAAAAUGGAGUCAAUCGCGAAUAUAGACAAAGAAAGUGUUUAGUUCACGGAUAAAGAAAUUUACGCUGAAACGUUCGUGGCUUUUAGAUGGGAUGGAUGCUUCGACUCACGGCUAUAUGGGAAAACGAAUGUUCGCCCAUGGCGCGCAAAUUUUAUCCGAGAACAUGAUGCGUAGAGGGGUCAACCGAUUCUCCAUUGGCUCGCCAUGUCGGAGUACGUUCGCUCGUGGGUUCUGGUCGAUGCUGCUAAAAGCCGCCGUGGAACCAGAACUACUAGUCGUCGGCAAGCCGAGAAGCACGUAUCGACCGGCUACGUCCGCAGCGUAAGCACAGUCUAUUCUCGUCCAGCCGAGUAUACUUGUGGUCUUGUCGCGAUAGAGCGUGUUCUCUGAAGCAGUAAGCUCAGGAGCCAAAGCCGAGACUGAGAGAACAUCAACGAGAAGCCUCGAGGAACAUCCGUAAAAGGAAAUUUCUAUUGCCUGGGUGAACAUCUGCGUGUAUCACAUCAAUCAAGUUUUGUCGCGCGGGGGAGCACGAGCGGGAGGAAGAGAAAUCGGCGAUAAAGUAAGGACAUUAGAGUGAUCAUAGUAGUGACCCCGAGAUCAAAGAAAGAACAAUUGGCGAGAUCGCGGCCAGACGUUGUUACUAUGUAAAUUACCAGCGCGUAUACUCGCUCGCGCGCGCGCGCAUUGCCGUUUACGAGCAACGACACCAGCUGCGACAAUAUCAUCAUUGUCAAUAGCAGUAGUAGGAAGAGAAGAGUGAGCGACAGGGAAUCGCGCGGCACGCCGCGACCUAGAGGCCUGAGCUUUUCUCUGACCGAUCCCAAGGAAGCCCGCAAACUGGCUCCGGAAGUGAGGAUCAAGCAAAUUGGAAUGAGGGAGGACCUGCUGUCCAUAAUACGGCACACGAGCAGCGACCACUUCUCGGAAGAGCUUUAGCCGGAUACUCGGCCAGGAAGCAGAAGUGGAAGGAGCAGGACCAGCCAAGCUGGCGCGAUUAUUUGUGGCUAGAGUAUUCGCGCGAUAGAGUAGAGGUGGCUCUUGCUCGUUGGCCUUUUCGAGCGACCGACCGUAUCGGGCUUCCCUUCGUUCCGAGGAUCCUCGCACUCAUAUUCCUCAAUCGAUCGUGACCUCGUCGUAGCCAGAAGGGAGAACCGAGCGUCCACAGGACUCGUCGUUCUCCGUUAUACGGGUUUCCCGGUUAUGCCCUGGGUUGCCGCAUGCUUUGAUCUGCUGGCGGCUCCGUUACUGGGUUACUGUCUCGCGGUCAGGAAACUUGCCCUACAAGUCGGCAUCCUGCAGGAGAAGAAGAUCGAUCUCGCCGGGAGAUCGACUAGCACGGAAACACCCUUGUACGCUGACGUAACAACCAACAUGGUCCCCAACGCGGAAGAGCAGCAUCAAGAUCCCGGCAAAGAGAAGGUUGCGGGAAGAAUGUUGGGUACAUCGAAGUCAUCGCGCAAAUUCGCGGGAGUCAUCAUAGCCACUUGUGGUUUACCGGCUCGUGGGAAAAGCCAAAUUGGACAGAGUCUUGCUCGCAGACUCAAUUGGAAUGGCAUGACCACGAAGGUAUUUCGCGUGAGCGAUUAUCGAAGAAAACGGCUUGAUACCCGUACACCUCACGAGCACUUCCGAUCGGAUAAUGCAGCCAACAAUGCUUUAAGGGCUCUCGCUCAGAGGGAUGCUAUGCAGGAUUGUGCAGCAUGGCUGGCAUCUGGAAAUAACAUAGCACUUCUGGAUGCCAUGCUGAUCACGCGAGCGCAGCGCACGGAGGUCUACGACUACUUUUCCGGCCAGCUCGGUUAUCGGGUUUUGUUCAUCGAAUGCGUCUGCGAUGAUCCGGAGAUCUUGGAGCAAAAUCAGCAGGAGAUCGUGAGACACAGCAUUGACUACGUGGGUGCGGAUGCGGCAUUGGCCGCGGAGGAUGUGCGCUCGAAGAUCGCCUAUUACACUCAAUUGUACGAGCCCAUGGACGAGAGGACCUAUCCCAGGAUCAAGAUCGACACCGUCACCAUGGAUAUCGAGACCUGCAAAGUGUCCGGUCAUAUUGAAACCAGCGUGCUCAGAUAUCUUGGAGACAUCAGUCUAAGACCGCACACUCUUUAUUUCUCGAGGCACGGCGAGAGCGAGUACAACGUGCUCGGUAAAGUCGGCGGUGAUGCGGUACUGAGUGCCAGAGGCGAGCGGUAUGCUCAAGCGUUGUCGAACAAGUUCAACGCCAUGCGUAUUCCCGAUCUUCGUGUUCUCACCAGCCGCCUUCGCAGAACCAUCGCAACGGCACGCGGCAUCGAAGCUCCUCAGGAACACGUAGCCGCUCUGAAUGAGCUUCACGCGGGGGUGUGCGAGGGUCUCUCCUACGAGGAGAUGCAGGAGCACUAUCCACAGGAAUUCGCCUGGCGCGAUCAGGACAAGCUGCGUUAUCGUUACCCGUGGGGAGAGAGUUACAUUGACGCAAUGCAACGUGUCGAGCCGGUGAUUGCUGAGUUGCAGCGGUCCCACAACGUGCUCGUGGUGUCGCAUCAGGCGGUAUUGCGCUGCAUCAUCGGAUUCUUCCUCGACAAGAAACCCGAGGAACUGCCCUACAUGGAAGUGCCGCUGCACACGAUAAUCCGCAUCGCCAGCCAGGGCUACAAUUACAAGCUCGAGCUCUUCAAGCUGCCAAUCGAGUGCGUAAACACGACUCGCGUCAAGCCGACGAAUUGCAGCGGUGAUCGUACCGCCGACGAUGCCCUCAUCACUGUUCCAGCCCACUUCGAUAUACCGGAUCCUUGGAGGAAUCCCGGCAACGGGCCCACUCUCGUGCAACAGCAUUAGGAGAAUCAAUUUCGAGGUCAUUUUGAAAAUAGCGUAAGUCGACUUUUGCAACGCUAUUGAUCGUUGCGAUUGAUCUUUGAAAAAUCGUCGAUGUAUAUAAUCAGUGAUGCGCGGUUCUGCGCACACAAAACUGGCGCGACUUUUCGUAUUUGCUGUCAAUUAAUAAUAAUAUAAAUCUUAUAAAUAAAUAACAUAUAUCUCGGCGAUCUAUCAAUAUUAUACUAAUUAAGGAUUAAUAAAGUUUUCAAAAGUUGACUUACGCUAUACUCGAAAUAGAUGAUUCGCGCGAUCUUCUCUUGCGCCCAGAAUUAAUUGUAAAGUCGCGGCGCCAUCAAAAUUACUUGUCCACUGCUUGUAGUUUCCGGGGAUGAGCAAAGUGCUAUUGCAUAUAGAAGAAAGAAUUAGAUUAUCUUUAGUUAAUUAUUCUCAUAAUGCCAGCUAAGCGAGCCGAUUUUGUUUGCAAGCACAACUCUGAGAGUUUUUGCAGCUCUCAGACGAAUAGCACGUCGACUUGAUUGAUUUGUAAUCAGCAUCACAAUGAUAGAUAUAGAAAGUGUUUUUGAUUUCGCGUUUUAUUUCAUGCAACGUGAAAAUGUACAGACUUUUGGAUCUUUUUGACACUGAUCAUCGGCGAGGUUGCGCGAGGUUUUGUCUCUGAUCGACUUCGACGAUGGGUCUACGAUAUACACUCCGAUGCUACAACGUUCUCUUAAGUAGCAAUUGGGAGUCCAUGGUUCGAGCCCCCUACGUAUCGCGAGACAUGAUAGUUUUGUGUUAGUAGUUUAUAGAAUUACACAUUGUAUAGGCCCGUAGAUUAAGAGAGGAAGACAGAUACCUGUCGCGUUAAAUAUAAUACAGUCUUGUGUAUAUAAUAGAAUGGACGAUGGCAAGCGUUGAGAAGCGUUCGCGACAGAUUAGUAGCGCGCAGGUACUGCACCACGAAAUUAAAAUGCAAAUCAAUGCACGUUGUAUUUUCGUAUCUUAGAAUUUCUUUAACGGAAUUUCUUAUUCACGGAACACAUUGUAAAACUCUCAUUUCGUACUGUGAUCGUUUUUUCAACUUUUUAACGUCAGGAAUACAUAAUUUCAUUCAUUAGCGCGUUUUGUAUCCUUUGAGUGCCAUUGAAUUCAUAAUUACGCCGAGAUCGCCGAAAGAAGUAAUAAAUGAAGACACUUGGGGUAAUCGUUUGAUUUUGGAGUACGCAACAGUUACUUCCAACGGCCUUUUGUAACGAUCAGAAUAGUGGAUAAUUUAUCUAGUUACUCUCUAAGAAGUUAUAUUUUUAUAAAAGAUAGAUAUUAGAUGUAAUCAUAGAAUUACUCCGUUUAUAUAACAAUUUAUUCCUAUGUUUUAUCGAUUAUUUUAAUCAACAAUGCAAUAUAUAUAUAUAUAUAUAUAUAUAAUGUAUAAGUAUUCGUAAUCCAUAGAAAUAAGAUUGUUAAUUAUAUUAUUUUGUGUAAGUAAGUUAUGUGAAAACUUUUUACAACGAAACGGACGAUCGAAAGAAAACUUUGAAGCCUAUCAUAUAUCAGAGAUACAAAUUAUAUUAUAUUAUAUUAUACUUAUAUUUUUGUAGUGAUUGCGAUCGUUAUAUAAAUUAUGACUGUCUAUGCACAAUAAAAGAGAGUUUGCAAUUUCAAUAUAUAUUUUGCGAAACAAGUAUUGCUUGAAUUUUAUUGCCGUUAUCGCGUAAACUAAUUUAAACGUAUAAUCGGUAUAAUAAUUUUAAUUUACUACUAAAUUUCAUUUCAGCUAAACGGAUUGUUCUGUUGCACAUAUUUGUAAACCGAUUUAAUUUAAUACCAUGCAGACUUAUAAUGAAAUGCGUAGUUUUUUUAGCAUAAACGCGAUAUAAUGCGCAGGAAAGCGAAUACUUAACAGUACAUGCAUUUUGAUAUAAUAAAUCAACGGUAAUUCUACAAUUCGUAAUUUAUGCAUUAUUCUGCAUGAAGUUAAUUACAAUAAUAAUUUUUAUGUCGAUAGAUUAAAUUUGAGAAAUGUGGGUGAAUUAUUUUUUACAUGCUGUUGACUUUAUUGUUUCGUUUUAGUAAAAUACUUUAUUGCAUAAAAGCGCAUGAUAUUUUCUUAGACGCGAAUGUAAUUCUACAAAAUAACGCGUACGAUACUAGACCGUAGAUCUGAGAUUUGCGAGAAUUAGAUAAUUUAAUAGUCUUGGGGAAACCCGCUUGCGUAUGUUGUGUUGUGUAUGUCUUCCUUUUGAAGAAGAAUACAUCUAGUCGAUCUCUUGACAUUUCGACUGCUGAAGAUGUGAUUCUACACAUUCAAUCGCGAGAAGUAAAAAUUACAAUUUGUUAUAUGUAUGUACACUACAUGGAUAAAGUAUAUAGUCGAAAGCCUUAUAAGUUUUUUAUUUGUACACUCUUAAUAAAUAUUUUUUACAAAAUCA